AGGAAGUGGCAGCAACAAGGUAACUCGGCAGGAUACAGCUGUUGUACCCAAGUGCGAUGGUACUGGGGGACGUGAGUUUCCCAUGUCCUAGGCACGGCCCGUUAAGCGCGAACACGUGAUCUAGGCCAAAUGGAGCUUCUCACCACUCUGUAAGCAUCUUUUCAUUCCUGAUCUCCACCUGUGCCACGCCAUGACCCUCAGUCUAUUCCGGCGACUUCUCCUUUCUUCCCUGCUGCUGGUGAUCGUCUGGACCCUCUUUGGGCCCUCGGGGAUUGGGGAGGAGCUGCUGAGCCUCUCGCUAGCCUCCCUGCUGCCAGCCCCAGCUUCACCAGGGCCGCCCCUCGCCCUGCCCCGCCUCCUGAUCCCCAAUCAGGAGGCCUGCGGUGGACCCGGCGCCCCUCCCUUCCUGCUAAUUCUGGUGUGCACAGCCCCGGAGAACCUGAACCAGAGAAACGCCAUUCGGGCUUCGUGGGGUGGGCUGCGUGAGGCCCGGGGACUCAGGGUGCAGACCCUCUUCCUGCUGGGAGAGCCCAACAGGCAGCACCCUAGCAGGGACUCUCGUGGGAAUGACCUAGUGUGGGAGUCAACGGCCCAGGGGGAUAUCUUACAAGCGGCCUUCCAAGACUCCUACCGCAAUCUCACCCUCAAGACCCUCAGCGGGCUCAACUGGGCUGACAAAUACUGCCCCUUGGCCCGCUAUAUUCUCAAGACGGACGAUGAUGUAUAUGUCAAUGUCCCAGAACUGGUAUCAGAGUUGGUGCUGCGAGGAGGCCGUUGGGAGCAAUGGGAAAGGGGAACGGAGCCCCCGAGAGAGGCUGCAGUCACAGGAGUCCCAGCCUCACAUAGCAAAGCAGUGCCUCUUCUGUACCUGGGCAGGGUACACUGGAGGGCAAACCCCUCUCGGAUGCCAGGGGGUCGGCACCAUGUAACAGAGGAGCAGUGGCCUCUAACUUGGGGCCCCUAUCCACCCUAUGCCUCAGGUACAGGUUACGUGCUGUCAGCUUCUGCUGUGCAGCUCAUUUUGAAGGUGGCCAGUAGGACACCCCCUCUGCCACUGGAAGAUGUCUUUGUGGGGGUAAGUGCCCGACGAGGAGGCCUAGCCCCAACCCACUGUGUCAAGUUGGCUGGUGCGACCCAUUAUCCCCUGGACCGAUGCUGCUAUGGGAAGUUCCUACUGACAUCCCACAAGUUGGACCCCUGGAAGAUGCAAGAAGCCUGGAAGCUGGUGGGUGGCUCUGAUGGAGAAAGGACUGUGCCCUUUUGCUCCUGGCUCCAGAGAGCCCUGGGCAUCCUACGGUGUCGGGUAAUAGCCUGGCUUCACAGCUGAGAGUACCUGGGGCCAAGGAAGGGUGUGAGGAGCUGAUGGUCCAGCCAGCACCUCCGAAACCUCUCUCAGGCCCAAGACAAGGGCUCCUAGCUGCCUGCAG